AUGGCCCGCCACGCCGCAUCUCGGCCUGUAGACACGAUAAAACAUCGGAUCAGCCUUGGUUACGAGGCUGUUGACGCGUACGUCAAGACAGGCAUUAAUCUGUACCAGUUUCAGAAGUCCAUAAACAUGAACCAGCACCCACACUCAAGAGGUAAAACGCUGAAAGGCUUGAUGGAUAUGCUGAAUCGAACUAUUCAGAGCACCACUGUUUUACUAAGGAGCCGCGUAGACUUCUUAAUCUGCCACGCGCUUUUGGCUCGUGGGGAGGCGAGGCGAUUUAUGCAAUAUCCUGCCAUGUUAUCUCUCACCCUUUCUGACGAAGGUCCCCAACGGGUCGUGUAG